AGAAGGAUAAACUAAGUUACACAAACUAAUAAAAGAAGCCCAGUUUGUGUACAAUAAAUACACAACAUGAAUUUGUUUAAAAUGAUAAAAAAUUUAAGUUAAUUGAUUUAAUUCUCAAUCAAAACCAAUAUUAAUUUAUUAUUCAUAAUUUUCAUGAAAGACUAUUCUAAUAGAAGUGUACCCUACCCUUUUAAAUAAGUCUCACAGUUGUUCAUUAUAUGUGUGAUAUGUCAUAUACUGAGCUUGAACAUGGGUAUCAAGGAUUGCGACAAGCUACUCAACCACAAUUUUACGUUGGUGACGAUGGAAAUCUUGUUCCCAUAAGAUCUGUAAGUCAGAUGUUUUAUAGGUGAAUUGGAUCUAUGCGAAUCAUUAGACUGCGAUGGCGGCGGAAAAAAAGUGGUGGUCGGCGUAUGUGCCAUGGCGAAGAAGUCACAAUCGAAACCCAUGAAGGAGAUCCUGACGAGGCUCGACGAGUUCGAAUACAUCAAGAUGCUGGUCUUCCCUGAGGAGGUUAUCCUUAAGCAACCAGUGGAGGAGUGGCCUAUCUGUGACUGUCUGAUUUCAUUUCACUCCAAAGGCUUCCCAUUGGACAAAGCGAUACAGUACGAGAAACUAAGGAAACCCUACGUGAUAAAUAAUCUUCAUAUGCAAUACGACAUACAGGACCGUCGAAGAGUUUACGCCAUACUGGAAGGGGAAGGUAUAGAGAUACCACGGUACGCGGUUCUGGAUAGAGACUCACCAGAUCCAAAACAUCACGAGUUAGUUGAAUCUGAAGACCACGUCGAAGUGAACGGGGUUGUGUUCAACAAGCCGUUCGUGGAGAAGCCCGUGUCCGCUGAGGACCACAAUAUAUACAUUUACUACCCGACGUCGGCUGGGGGAGGCAGUCAACGCCUGUUUAGGAAGAUUGGAAGUCGCAGUAGUAUAUACUCGCCAGAGUCCAGAGUCAGAAAGACUGGAUCCUUUAUUUAUGAAGAUUUUAUGCCGACCGAUGGUACAGAUGUAAAGGUGUACACGGUGGGCCCCGACUAUGCACACGCCGAAGCCAGGAAGAGUCCAGCUCUAGACGGCAAAGUGGAGAGAGACUCUGAAGGCAAGGAAAUCAGGUAUCCAGUGAUCCUGUCCAACCAGGAGAAAUUGAUCUCGAGGAAAGUGUGCCUGGCCUUCAAGCAAACCGUUUGUGGAUUCGAUUUGUUGAGAGCGAACGGCAAGUCCUUCGUGUGUGACGUGAACGGAUUUUCGUUUGUGAAAAACUCGAAUAAGUACUACGACGAUUGCGCCAAGAUACUCGGUAAUAUGAUUUUGAGGGAAUUGGCACCGACGCUGCACAUACCGUGGUCGGUGCCCUUCCAGCUCGACGACCCCCCCAUUGUUCCCACCACUUUUGGCAAGAUGAUGGAGCUCCGAUGCGUCGUAGGCGUCAUAAGGCACGGCGACAGAACUCCCAAACAGAAGAUGAAGGUAGAAGUCAGACAUCCGAGAUUCUUCGAGAUCUUUGAGAAAUACGACGGCUACAAGCGCGGACACGUGAAGCUAAAGAAGCCGAAACAGCUCCAGGAGAUACUGGACAUCGCGCGCGCGCUGCUCGCCGACAUACACACGAGGCACGCCGACCCGGAGAUCGAGGAGAAGCAGGGGAAACUCGAACAGCUCAAAAGCGUUCUGGAAAUGUACGGUCACUUCUCUGGGAUCAACCGCAAGGUGCAGAUGAAGUACCAGCCCCGCGGGCGGCCGCGCGGCUCCAGCUCCGACGACGGUAACGCGCCCCCCACGCACGUAGGGUGCGCGGGCGAGCCGUCGCUGGUGCUGAUCCUGAAGUGGGGCGGCGAGCUGACGCCGGCCGGCCGCAUCCAGGCCGAGGAGCUCGGACGGAUGUUUCGCUGUAUGUACCCCGGCGGACAGGGGCGCCAUAUACCAGGUGAAGCCGGCACCCAAGGUCUCGGCCUUCUGCGUCUCCAUUCGACUUUCCGUCACGACCUCAAGAUUUAUGCGUCCGACGAGGGGCGCGUGCAAAUGACCGCCGCCGCCUUCGCGAAGGGACUGUUGGCGCUCGAGGGAGAACUCACGCCGAUCCUCGUGCAGAUGGUGAAGUCGGCCAACACCAACGGGCUGUUAGACAACGACUGCGACUCUUCGAAGGUUCAAAACAUGGCGAAGGCUCGGCUGCACGAGGCGAUGCAGGUGGACCGCGACUUCACGGACGAGGACCGGUGGCGCAUCAACCCGUGCGGCUCGCUCAGCAUCUCCACGGCUAUGGAGUUCGUGAAGAACCCGGCGCGGUGCUGCGCGCACGUGCACGCGCUCAUACACCACCUGCUGCGCAUCGUGCUCGCCAAGCGGGACGACCCCAAGACCAAAGACACUAUUCUAUACCACGGCGAGACCUGGGAGCUGAUGGGUCGACGCUGGGGUAAAAUAGAAAAGGAUUUCUGCACGAAAAACAAAACUUACGAUAUUUCGAAGAUCCCCGACAUAUACGACUGCAUCAAGUACGACCUCCAGCACAACCAGCACACGCUGCAGUUCGACUGCGCCGAGGAGCUUUACAUAUAUGCUAAAUAUUUGGCGGACAUCGUCAUACCGCAGGAAUAUGGUUUGACGAUGCAAGAAAAGUUAACAAUUGGUCAAGGGAUAUGUACGCCAUUGUUGAAAAAAAUAAGAGCAGAUUUGCAAAGAAAUAUAGAAGAAUCCGGCGAAGAGACUGUUAAUAGAUUAAAUCCUAGGUACAGUCACGGCGUGUCGAGCCCGGGCCGCCACGUGCGCACGCGACUGUACUUCACCAGCGAGAGCCACGUGCACUCCCUGCUCACCGUACUGAGGUUCGGAGGCCUGCUGGAUGUGAUGAAAGAUGAGCAAUGGCGUCGUGCGAUGGAGUACGUUUCGAUGGUGUCGGAAUUGAACUACAUGUCGCAGAUUGUCGUUAUGCUCUACGAAGAUCCCACCAAAGAUCCGUUUUCAGAAGAAAGAUUCCACGUGGAGCUCCACUUCAGUCCCGGCGUGAACUGCUGCGUGCAGAAGAACCUGCCGCCCGGCCCCGGCUUCCGACCACACAGCCGGAAUCAUUCCACUACUAAUAACUCGAGUUCAUCGGACGAGGUGAAAUGCAUCGAAGAGGAAGGGGAAGAUGACAACACAGCCAGUCAAGAAACUCUACAACCUGUGAUGCAUGACGAUACGUUACAGGACGCGGCGGACGACUUCGACAGCGCCUUCUCGCCGAGACGCACCACCAUGCUGAAGGCGUCCGAUCCCAUACCGAUAUGUAAUUUACAUCACACUGUAAGCGGACACGAGGCGUCCUCGCUGGCGGCGCGCCUCAACCACGAGCUGCGGGUGCGCACGCUCACCGACGACGACGCCGCGGCACAGAUCGAUCAGCAAUCGUCUAAAGAAACGUCUGAAGAGCAUCCGCCGCGGGCCCGAAGCUACGACCAACACAAGCAGAGCCAUGACAACGUGUCGGAGCUGGGCGAGAUGCGGUCCAGCGGCUGUCUCCGCUACCAGGGCGUGCAGGUCGUCGACAGACAAGAAUGUCGGCCACCCGCACUAACGUUGACGACGCCCUCCCGGCGCGGCUCGAGCUCCAGUCCGAGCCCGGGCGAGCCGGUCACUCCUCUCAUUAACGUGGAGGGCGUCGAAUCCUCGACUAACGAGCUUCCCUUGUCCGCCAUCACGUUCGGGGCUCGUGGGAGCUCGUGGCCGCGGCUGGAGGGCUGUAGCGUGUGGGCCGCAGGGCGGCGCCAGCGGCACAGCAUCGCCGGCCAGAUGAGCUACCUCAAGAUGCUGGGACUCGGAGCGCGCGGCAAACUAGGCGCGGGACUCUUCAGUACGGCAGUCAUCUCCGGAUCCAGCUCUGCCCCUAAUCUCCGCGUUAUGAUACCCUCCACGUCUGCUGCAAAUGCGGCGCUGGAAGGUUUCGGCGGCGUGCCCGCGAUCCGUCCGCUGGAGACGCUGCACAACGCGCUGUCGCUGCGCCAGCUCGACGCCUUCCUGGAGCGGGUGACGGCGGCGCCCGUGCUGCUGCAGCCGCCGCCGCCGCCGCCGCGGGUCAAGCCGCCUUCACCAACCAACAGUGUCGGUUGGAGUGGGCCUUCGUCGCUGAUGUCUUCCUCGGGAGAAUUGCCUAGCGGCCUCUCCUCUGCUGGGCCAUCCUCACCUAACUCAAACUACGCUACAAAUUCAGAAAACAAGAACUCUUCGGAAAGUAGCAAUUGGAGUAAAAAUGUGUCGAGCAAGCUCCCUCAGUGGGAGGGGGAGGUCGCCGCACUCUGCGCGCUCGAGCCCGCCCUGCGCGCCCUCUCGCACGCCCCUACUGCAGGUUCUUCUAUUAGCGGCGACUUGACUCCGGUGUCGAACGCUUCGGAGCUGGAAUUCAACAGCAACGAGGCGACGGCCGGCUCGAUCACUGAUCACGAUCUAAUGAGUGCAGAAGGAGAAGACGACGAAGAGACUCUGUCCAUUGACGCGUACAGCUCCAGUUUGAAGAUUAUAAAGAACGAUCUCAGCCCUCAUUCCUUCGCUGGGGCGUCCACACUGAAGCCCGACAUAUACCAGCCAUCAACAAGCAAAGCUUCAGAUUUCUACGGUUUAAAUUUCCAACAAACCAAGGAGAGCUUAUUCAAAGACGUGCCAUCCAGCAGUAAGAACUUUAAUCUCGAAACAGAACCCAAACAAAAGUUAAACAAAGACGAAACCCCCUGUCAUUCUAAUUUAGAUCCGUUGAAUUUACAAAUUAUAGAAACCGGCGGAGGUAACAAGAAUAAUGAACUCUUAAAUAACGGUAGCCGUAGAUACAGCGACAGUAGCGCACAGAAGAGUAACGCGAAUGCACAGUCCAACGUCUCGGGAACUAGAUUCACGAUGACUCUGGUAACCGAAGACUUGCUUAGGCCGAGCGACUCAAGUGAGAGCAAGUCCACCGACAACUCGGCCCUGUGCAAAAAGGAUGUAUCACAGCCGUUGGUGACGAAAGCCAACAACGCUAACAUUAAACCGGGUUUCAAAGUUGCUGAAAUUUGAUUUCAUAUGAGUAGUUUCGGUAGGUAGAAAUGUCUUUGUUGUAGCUUAGAUUCCUCUACUUCUAAUAGUAACAUUAAAUAAAUGUAUGUUUGCCUAUCAAAAAUGAAGUUAGCUUAUGGCGCUGUUUUUAAAAUAUUUCCACUUGGUACUAUGGCGCCAUCUUAAUUUGCUGCCCUUCAGUGGACACUUUUCAAUAUACUGAGAUGGUUCUCCUUACCUCUACCCUCCAUACUAUGAGGUAUGUGUAUGGUCACAGAGUAAAAAGUAUAGAAAUCCUUGAAAUUUACUCCAUUCUUUUGUGACGUCAUAAGUCAGUAAACGGACCGAGGUAGUUCGUGUAUAAAUAAAAUUUACUGAAAUGUUACGUACAACAUGAAGGAAGACAUUUUAACAGUAAUUUAUUUUUAUUUUAUCAUUUAAAAUCUAUUGUAUCGUUUUUUUUUUUAAAUUCUGAAUUUAAUAAAGUUAAAGAAAAUAAGUCAUUAGUGCAAUUUUUGUUACUAUGUAUAGUGUAUAAGACGUCCUAUUUAAAUUGCAAUAGUAGAUCAUGAAUAAUUAUUAUCAAUUUUAUUUAUUUCAACCUCCUUUCUUUUUUUAUAUAAACUAACGAGAAAAAAAUAGAAUUCGAAAUGUUUUCAAUAUGAUAAAUUGUGUUUUUUUAUAUUAUAUUUAAACUAAGUAUUCAUGUUUCAAAUUGACACUAUUACAGACAGAUAUUAUUGCAGUCAAAGUUAACCUCUUGACUGAAUUAUUUUAUAAUCUUACAGUAAAUUAACGAAUAAUGUAUCGUGCCCAUGAAAAAAAAAACUAUAGAAGUUCGGAAAUAAGGAAAUUUGACGUAUUUUAAUUGCAAGGUAGUUGUAUGAAUCACAUUAUUGAAGUUAAUAUUUAAUGACCUCAAUGAUCACAUGCGCCUCAUACAUUUUAUAGCAACAGAAAGUAUCAAUGCAAAACCAUUUUUAAUAGCUUUAAAGUGUAUCUUAGAACUUUUUGGGGGACACAAAUAAUUUCUUCAGAACAUUUAUAAUUUGUAUUUAACUGAAACUGCUAAUUGUUUAAUUUCCCCUUUUAAUGCAAAAAGUUUUCCAUGGCGUACCUAGCAUAUUAAUUUUGAUGAUAGUUACACUAAUAGUUUUUCAUUAAAUUGUUUUUUUUUGUUAUAAGUAAAUUAAACAUUUGCAUACAUUGCAUACAUAUACAAAGCAAAAUUUAAUUAUUACCCUAAAUGGCAUCAUACAAACAGUGGCAUCAUCAAUCACGAAGAAAACUUAUUUAUAAUCAGUUCAAUUGAAGUAUAUUAAUUAAUUUGUAUAUAAAACGUUAGUUUCAUAAAUAAAAUUUUAUUACACUUUAA